UUUGACUACCUCAUGCUCGCCAAAUGCGAAGGGCUGAUUACUCAGGGAGUAACAUGCAUGCAUCACAAAUGAUAUAGAAGGGGAAUGCUACCAUAAAUGCCUUGGUUAACGCCUUUGCAAAGUUUGCAGCUGCAGCACUGAAUUUAUACCUGCCCCGCAGUAUCCAAAUCCACCGCCAACCCGACAUGGAAACCUCAAGUGCGGAAACUCUCGCCGCCAUAGAGCAGAGGAUUGCAAGUGAUAAGAUUGCCAACUUCAAGGGCGCCGCUCGAGUAUCGAUUCAGCAUCUGGAAUUUCCACACCCAACUCGUCCGAUCGAUAGGAAGGCCAUUCGGCAGUUGAUCAGAGAAUUUGAUGGCGAAGGAUGCAUUCGAGAGGAAGCGAGUCAUCGUAUUCCUGUCGUUAUCGAUGACUCGAUACUGCAGGCUGCACUCGAGAGGCUUUCUCUGACAGCUGAAACCUUCAGAUCGAAAGCGGACCACCCACCUUUUCUAGAACUAGGAAGCGGGGUGAAACUAGAGUGUCUUCAUGGGCAACACCGAGUUCUGGCAGCAAAGGAGCAUCUUGCCGCAUCGCAAUUGUGGUGGGUAGUUGACAUCUAUGGGACCGAUCUCAACAAAGAUACCAAGCAAGCGCUUCGCGAGGGUUAUUCCUACUCAGCAAAAUAUACAUCCGGCGAGUUGUUUCGCCACAUGCGCCUCUGCCAUUACGAUAAUGAUCCUUUGGGAGUACAACGUUGGCGGGGAAGGUUUAGCUCUUCUCAAGACACGUUUUUAGAGCAGCUUCUCAAGCGACCUAUACUAGUUGAGGCUUUAGAUUCUAUUCUUCAUAUCCAAGGUGUCUGGAGAGAUUUUUAUGUCGGAUCUCUUGACGUCAUCUUAUUCCCAAAGUGUGACGAAGUCAGUUUCGUCAAUUUCUACAAUGGCUGGUCUAACUUGGUAUAGGAAAUUGCUCAUUAUAUCAACUCCAUCAAAGCUAUCCUAGCCCGUAUUUUCAACGGCGAUAUGACAACAAUGAUGCGUACCGAUCCCAUGACAAUAGAAUCCAUACAGUCGAGGUGUCCUGCACUUUCGAAGUCAGACUAUGACUUUAUCGAAGAGAACAUGGAGUCUGGCGAACUUUUUCCAGAGCUCAUCGAUCCCGUAAAGAGGGCUGAUAUCACUCGGAAUCUACUCAACAAUGAGGAGCUGAUACCAAGUCUCUAUACGUUGGUCAAAGACAUCAGGUACUUGAAGCAGCCAUCCAAACACUUGUCCAGGCUCCUACCUGCGUCCCGUAAGAAAAGUCUUCGCCAGCGGUGGUUUCAUCUUUUCAGUGGUACUGGAUCGAGUGGUGGUGGGAUCGCAAUGCAACAGCGGGUACUGGGUCCGUACACAACUGGAGGUCCGGAUUCAUUUGAUGUCCGUUAUCAGCAGCUGUGGCUUUGCUCCUAUAGGGUAUGCAAAUACCCAAAUGCGUAUGGCCGGCUGCAUUUAGCGGAGCUUGCUCGCCGAUUAGGAUUUUCGACUCCAAAGAUCGAGUUCGAAUUGACUCAGGACCCUGCGCAAGCUGUGAUUAAGAACGCACUUCGGGACGUCUUCCACACCCUGCGGCCGAACGAAAAGUUCAACUUCGAUGCUAACAAAGCAAACCCUAUCGUGGCCUCAUUCAAGGAAUAUAUCAACAGCCAAGAGUCAAUAAACGCGAAGUCGGUACUCCCCCCAAUUACCGUCACCGGAAAAGGCGCUCCGCUGUCUUGCAGAUGUGGUCAAAGCAAAUUGGAUACUCGGGAUCUCGCACACCUUUUUCUGGACAAGAUACACGCUCCCCUAUCCAAAUAUCAAAGGCACGGAGAUGAAAUUAGUUCAUUUUAUGUUAAGCGUUCACGACAUAUUGCGUUCUUUGGUGCGAUAGACCUCACAGAAAAUCGGGAAGGUCCGUCAACGCAUCUAGUGUCUACUCCUUCAUCUUUAGAUCGCCGACAACCAGACGCAUUUCGACCUGCUGUCGAAAUGACCAGUUCCAUCCCUUCUACAAGUCGUCAAGCUCGUAGCCCAGAUGAAGGGAUUGAGAGCAACCAAGUUGUGUUAUUCCAGGAACCGGCGGUUAAAUUUAUAGAGAAGGGCGUUCUUCUUCGAGAAGUUCCAUUCAGAAAGGAAGAUGUUAAUCGCCAGGCUAAGGAGUAUGCCGAUCAAGGCAGGAAAUUGUUCCUGGAACAAGGCCCGUACUUUACCUGGCAGGAUUGUUUUGAUAUACUCACAAGGACGAAAAAAUCGGCUGUCACUGUAACUACGGUUGUUGAGUCGCUAGCGGGGAAGAGACGCCGGGGUGAAGACUUGCCUACACGGCUCCAGCCUGCAACAAAGGAGGCUUUCGACUUUGAGAUGAACGAGGAUGAGGACGAGGAGGAGGAGUUGUAAUCUAGUAAUGAAAUAACACCAAACUCUCUGCUACUCGCUAUGAAAGAGUGACAGGACCAAUAUCCACCCAAUCUUGAAUCUCCUAGCGAUCUCUACCCAUCCACAGAUUGCAGAACUUUUCCGGCAGUUAUGCCCCUCAACAACGGCAGUUCCUCGUUGGCUCACGAUAAUCAACGAUUCUAACAUGGAGGUCUACGCAAGGAUAAUGAAGCAUAUAAUGUACCAUUGCAAUACCAGGGACUUUCUUGGGGCAUGCAGCGCUUCCAGGGCCACAAUGUCAAAUCUACUACCAUCAAGAAGACCCAAUUAGAUUCCUUUCCACUCAUUGUGACCACGUCAGCAAUUACAUGCUCAGGCCUAGCUAUAAUUAGCGCUGGCGCUUCUACAAGGAGCUAAGAAGUGGGAGUGUGCAUUCGUCUCGUAACUAUGGCAUAUGGUGCUAAGGGAUAGCGGGUACAAUGGCCGAGAUAGGGACAUACAUGAUGCUACUUUGCACCGUUAGUGAGACGGAUUUGGUGGUGGAGGAGACUACAUACCACUUUCUACUAGCUAUGAUGCAUCGAAGCAAGGCUGAGGCUACCGGGAACCCAUACAGGAGAGGUACAGAUGACUCGGUCUAGAACGAAC